AUGUCUUCCAACUCAGCCACGCCAGCAUCAGGUCAAGCUUCUUCCAGCACCGACCCCCAACAAUCACGCACGACAUCUCCACCUCCACGCAAGCGCUCCAAAUGGGAAGCAACACCUUCGCCGGAUGCUUUGGAAAGAGCAGCCAACGAAGCUCGUGCCAAGGCUGCUUCCAAAGCGCUCAGAGCCAAGCAAAAGGCGGAGCGAAGAGCUGCUGAGAGGCAGCAGGAAGAACGACAGAGGCACAAUGGUGGCAGCGCUGAUGCCACUGAGGACCAAGGGCAGAGCGCAAAUGGUUCUGGAACGCCGCAAAGAAGAGCUGCAGCGCAGAGCUUGGACGAGCCUCGAAGCGCUGCUGCACGUCAGCAGGCACACCGGAAUGUCCACCCAGUGCCUCCGCGCAGUGCGUAUCCAGCCUUGCUGGGCUGCAGAUCGGUGAAUGUCUAUGAGCGAUUGAAUCACAUCGAAGAAGGCUCGUAUGGCGUGGUGUUCAGAGCGAGGGAUAAAGAGACCGGCGACGUUGUUGCUCUGAAGAAGCUCAAGAUGGACAAGGAAAAGAAUGGCUUCCCCAUCACAAGCUUGAGGGAGAUCAGGACGCUCAUGGAGUCCAGGCACGAGAAUGUGGUGCGGGUGAGGGAGAUUGUUGUGGGGGACACCUUGACCCAAGUCUACAUCGUCAUGGACUUCAUCGAACACGAUCUCAAAUCUCUACUCCAAUCGAUGAGGGUCCCCUUCCUCGCCUCGGAAAUAAAGACUCUCAUGCACCAACUCUUGAGCGCAAUGUCUUUGCUGCACAACAACUGGAUCAUCCAUAGGGAUUUAAAGACCAGCAACUUGCUCAUGAACAAUUCGGGUCAGAUCAAAUUGGCGGACUUUGGUCUGGCCCGGACUUUUGGCGAGCCUCGAAAGCCGAUGACUGAACUCGUCGUCACGCUCUGGUACCGCUCCCCAGAAUUGCUGCUUGGCGCUCCGCUAUACGGCACAGAGGUCGACAUGUGGUCUGUGGGCUGCAUCUUUGCAGAGCUCAUCCUCAAAGAACCCUUUCUACCCGGCAAAAAUGAGAAUGAGCAGCUGCUAAAGAUCUUCAAAUUGCUUGGCCAGCCCUCCGAGGAUGUCUGGCCAGGCUGGAGCCGUUUGCCAGGGGCGAAGAACAUGUCCAACGUGGCUCCUCUGUUCUCGUCACUGCGACAACACUUCAGAUACAGCACCGAGCAGACUUUGGAUCUGCUUGCUCGUUUCUUGACUUAUGAUCCUUCAAAGAGGAUAACGGCAGACGAAGCUUUGGCACAUCCUUAUUUCGACGAACCGCCUCGAGCUGCUCAUCCGUCCACCUUUGGCUCCUUUCCCAGCGUCGCUGCAGGCGAAAAGUAG